AUGGCGGCUUUUUCUGGUCCGGCUAAGCCGCUCCUGUCGCUGAACCCGCAGGAGCAGGCCAAGUUUCAGAAGCAAGUGGCGCAAGUCCGCCAGCGCGCAGCCCAGCAAGAGAAACUUACCCCUGGAGUAGUCUAUGUUGGCCACAUACCUCGAGGCCUUUUUGAACCCCAACUCAAGGCAUAUUUCUCCCAGUUUGGCACUGUUACAAGACUCAAAUUGUCCAGAAGUAAAAAGACUGGAAAUAGCAAAGGCUAUGCCUUUGUGGAGUUUGAAUCUGAUGAUGUUGCCAAGAUAGUUGCUGAAACAAGGAACAACUACCUUUUUGGUGAAAGACUCUUGAAAUGUGAUUUUAUGCCACCUGAAAAAAUACAUGAAGAACUUUUCAAAGACUGGGAUGUUCCAUUUUCAAAGCCAUCCUAUCCAGCAGUGAAACGGUAUAAUAAGAAACGGACACUUAAAGAAAAGCUACGGAUGGAGAAGCGAUUUAAAAACAAAGAAAAAUUACUCAGGAAGAAAUUAGCUAAAAAGGGAAUUGUUUACAAUUUUCCUCCAUUGGUAGGCUCCACACCAGUUUGUACGCCAACAUUUUUGGAGAGACGAAAAUCUGAAGUGGCUGAAAUGAAUGAUGAUGAUGAAGAUAAUGAAAUCACUUUUAAACAGCCUGUACUUGAUAUAAAAGAAGAAAUACAAGAGGCUCAAACACCUAUACGUUCAGGAAAAAAAAGAAGAAGAAGAAGAAGCAAACAGUGA